UUCGACCUCCACAAACCCGCGCCGAAGCCGCUUCCGAUCCGCAGCGGAUCCCUCCGCAGCUGUUGGAUCCUGCCGAGCGAGGGGUCGCCCGGUGCCGGGACCGCCGCGCCCGCGCGCGUGUGCGGAUGUGGAGGAUGUAUGGAAGCCUCGUUGCUGCGGUGGUGAUGAUGGGUUGCUGCUCAGUUCAGGAGGCUCAGCUGGAGCAAGUGCUCUUGAAGCUCGGCAUGGCGCUCGAGGAGGCCCAAAACGCAGCAACUCAGCCCUGCUUCUCCGCUGGCGUGCUCUGCAAUGAAGAUGGAUACAUCUCACAUCUUGAUCUCGGGUUCUCCCACUUGGCGGGCGAAGUCCCCGCUGAGCUCGGCAACCUUUCACACUUGGAAUACUUGGACCUGCGUUCCAACCAGCUCAGGGGCCCAAUUCCGAAAGAGCUGGGCAGGCCGGGCGUUCGGCUGCGUUCUUUUCUC